AUGAAGCUAUCCAUUUUGGAAGACAGGUUGUCCAAGUACAAACAGGAGCUGUCCGAAAUGAAGGACACGAACGACCCUUCCAACUUGGAAGAUGUGGAAAGGAUAAGGAAAAAUAUUAAGUUCACUGAAGAUAGAAUUUAUCACUGCCGAAAGAAUUAG